GCAGAAUUAAGAAUCGAAAAUAGUAAGUGGAUUGGUUCAGAAGACAAGUGGGGUGGUCAUGGGAUCAUCUUCAUGAGCGUGAGCUUUUCGGGGCAUGAGUUGUUGGCAGUGUUCUGGUGCUUUUGAUACACUGGGGGUGAAUAAUCGAUUCAUCUCUGAUCUGGCACCAGCACUGUGCAUCCUGGCCUGAUCCGAAUCGGUCGGAUUGGGGUCGUCGGAGUACAUAUUCUGCAGGAUGUACGGGUCGAAUGGGUCCCAGAUCCUGCCGGAGCUCGGCUUUCUGAAGGUUUCUGAUCAAUCGUCAUCUGUCUCCCGAAUCCCGAUCAGCCGGAGCGAGCUCAGCCGCGCCCCGGCUCGGCAGCCGAACGGAGGAUGAUCGUGUGACAUUCAAGAAUGGUGUUGGGUUUUGAGGAAGGCGCAUACAUUCCGAAAGAGCGGCUUACUUAACCUUUCCACUCCUCCGCCCCCCUCGAUCCAUCCCUCCCCGAUCGCAAUCCGCACCGAUGGGAGCCGAGUCCCUUCCGACCGACUCAUCCAGACCGACGCCGGCUUCUAACAGUAAUCAGGUCUAUAAAGACUUGUUCGCAGGGACGAUCGGCGGGAUCACUCAGGUCUUGGCCGGCCAACCGUUCGAUAUCAUCAAGGUUCGAUUGCAGAGUAGUAAUCAAUACAAGUCCAUGUCCGAUGCGGCCAUCCAGAUCAGUCGCAACGAAGGCUUUUCAGGUUUUUAUAAAGGUACUUCGCUUCCAUUGAUCGGGAUCGGGGCGUGCGUUUCGAUCCAAUUCGGCUGUCUGGAGGCCUCCAAGCGGGCGUUCAAAGAGCGAAACCUGGCUAACGGGAACGGUCCUCAGCUGAGUUUAGGGCAGCUGUAUCUUUCAGGGGCGGCAGCGGGAGUCGGCAACUCGAUCAUCUCAGGCCCGGUCGAACACAUCAGGAUCCGUCUCCAAACCUCCUCCUCGCCAGCCCAGUUGAACCACUUCCUCGGCCCGGGCGACGCCCUCAAAAAGAUCAUCCGCUCAGACGGCAUCCUUCGGGGCCUCUAUUGCGGCCAAUUGAUCACCGUUGCCCGUGAAUUCCAUGGCUACGGAAUGUAUUUUUUGGGAUACGAAUGGCUCGUCGAGCGACACAUGAAGCUAAAGGACUGUUCGAGAUCUGAGAUCGGGACCGGCUGGGCGAUGCUAUACGGGGCCGGAGCGGGAUAUUCGAUGUGGUUGAGCAGUUAUCCGUUGGACCAAAUCAAGACCCGGAUCCAGACCGACGGCUUACCGUCCCAAUCAGGCUCAAGAAAGUACUUCGGGAUCCUGGACUGUGUCCGGAAGAUAUAUGUCAAUGAAGGCUAUCGGGGCUUCCUGCGCGGCCUGACGCCGACCCUGAUCAGAUCUCCUCUCGUCAACGGGGCUACCUUCGCCGCCUUCGAGACCACCAUGAGGUUCCUCAAUUCAUCAUGAUCCAACGCUCGUCCUGACGCCCUCAUAUCACGACCCUUUCCCUGCUCGCCUCACCAAAUCUCUGCGUCAUGCUCUUGCCCAUAGCAUGCUCCGCGCUCCCCGUUUUUACACUGUUCCCUCGAUCUCUUGUGUCCAGAUAGCUCUUCCCAAACUGAAACAGCCAAACCAUAGAUAUAUAUCUACCACUCUAUCACCACAAAACCACCGAUUCCUUGGACCCAUUGAGUGACAGCAAUCCCUUCCAGCUUGCUGUGUCUCCAACUACCAUCGCAUCUGCACUUGCCUCUGAGAGAAUCCAUCGAUGGCAGCCGUAUUACCCUGCCCCGCAAUAAUGCCGCGACUCUUGCCAUUCGUGCUCCGUCUUUCACUUGUGUGAGGACAUUCUUUAAAAAAAAAAAAUAACAGUCACAUCCAGGAGACUUUACUCUAUUCAUCUUUUAAGACAUCUCAUCAUGAUGAUCAUUGGUCGUUUGAGUUCAACUUCAUAUGGCAGGAAUCUCAAUUGUUUGGUAGGUCUAUGGAUGUAUACGCUAGGCCUGUACCAAGACCGUCCAUGUAGCUUCUGGAUCAGGACCAGACAGUGCAUCCUCAGGGAAAGUAUUGAUCAAGUUUCCAGGGAUCCUGACUUGCUGUUUGUGUAUGUAUGUGCCAUCCUC